CAUUGUUUUAUUUGGGUGGCGGCAAUACGAUUGAAACUCCCGCCCACGCCCCGGAACCAGAAGAGAAGAUUUUUGUCUGGUUGAUGUUGAAUCAAGACAAUUGAUUGCUUCUGGAGAUAAUGGGAAACAAGAACCAAGAGGAUCUAGAUCUGCUUCUGUCCCUUGACGAGGAGGAGAGGGUUCUCGAAACUCCUCCCGGUUCUCCUUCUGCCCCACCCGUAUAUUUGACGGAUGAAGAAGAAUCCCCCAAACGUCGUAGAGGCCAGGCGGACUUGUCUGACUUCAGAAGUGUCGUUCAAGAUUGCAUUGACUAUAACCCCAAACCUCUAACCAAUAAACCUAAAUGCGACAUUGAAAAGUUCUCUGGCUUGCGCUUAAGGAAUCAAUUACUUAGCCCUGCACAGAUUAGUGAUCUCUUCUCCGACAUUCGUUUCGUUCGAUUGCCGACAAUCAAGAACUUGCUAAUGGGUGACAAACUCUCCGGCUGCUGGGCCACAAUGGGAGUGCUAACUGAGAAAGGACAUCCCAGAACAAGCUCUAUAGGCCAGCCUUAUUGCAUUUGGAAAAUCUGUUCCUUAAACGACAACAGCACUGUCUCCUUGUUCUUGUUUGGUGAUGCUUACAAGAAGAAUGAGACUGAAAAGGCAGCAUCUGUUUUCGGUCUCUUUAAUUCCUCUCUUCGCAAGGACAAAAUGGGAAGUGACUUCUCAUUAAGUGUCAACUCCGCUAAACAAAUGGUAAAACUAGGAGUGUCCGCUGAUUAUGGAGUCUGCACAGCCAAGCGUAAAGAUGGAACAACUUGUACCUCUGUUGUAAACAAACGCCAAGGAGCUUUCUGCAAGAUUCAUAAACUGAAUGCAUCAGACAAAUUUGCUACAAUGAGAAGUGAACUCAAAGGCGGAAACUUGAGAACGUCUUUCAGAGACCCAAAAUCCCAAGGGAUUUACACAGUUGAGCCACCAGUAGAUAGGAGUGGGAACAAAAAGGCUAAUCAGCCUGUCCGAGUACUAUCAGUGGAAGGUCUCCGAAAGGCUCUAAGUGGUGCAGAUAAAGUGACGCCUAACGUACACUCACAAGGAAUACGUUUCCUGAACGAGAUGGCUAAACAAUCGGCUUUGAAGAACGUUAACAAGAAAUCUGAAGCUGUGAAUAAGUCUGUAGAGAAGAGGAAAGCAUCUAAUGCAAAAGAAACGCAAGUAAAGAGAAAGAGAGAAGCGCACGGCAGUGGUAAGAAGGAUACUCCUGAGAUUGCCACCGGGAAAAUGAUGGUCCUAGAUUUCUGCAGCUCCGACGAAGAAUGAGUCCUCAGCGGACUUUAGCCAAUAUGCAGAUCAUUUAAUGCGAAGAUAAAGGAUUGUUGUUCCCAUUCAUACGAGAAAUGUUCCUUUUUGUUAUAUUGGAUUUGAGAUGGUAUGUCUUUCUACCAUUCUUUGUGUUCAUUUAGACAUAUAUCAUAAACUGUUGAGAAGAGUUGAUACACACGCUCUAUCCAAAACAAAUGUUAAUUACUUUGUGUAUAUGGUUGAUAAGAACAAAAUAAUUUCCGAAGAA